AGCAUACUGAAUCUGUCGGUAGAACAGUACAGUGUUCUGAACUGAUCUCAGAUCAGCGUCGAGCCUCGCUCGCAUCUCGCAUUCACUGACCGACUCCAUUUUGUGUGAAAGGAUUGUUCGCACAGUCACGACUCAUUCAGAGGAGAAACAUUAGAAAAAGAAGAUGAGCGGUUGUCGUAUUUUCAUCGGUCGGUUAAACCCCUCUGCUCGGGAGAAGGACGUCGAGCGGUUCUUCAAGGGUUAUGGGAGAAUCAGAGACAUUGACCUGAAAAGAGGCUUCGGAUUUGUGGAAUUUGAUGAUCCAAGAGAUGCAGAAGAUGCUGUUUAUGAUCUUGAUGGGAAAGAGCUCUGCAAUGAGAGAGUGACUAUUGAACAUGCCCGUGUCCGCCUGCGUGGGGGCCGAGGUCGUGGUGGUGCUGGUGGAGGUAGUGGGGGUGGUGGAGGACGUUUCCCUGCUCGGUAUAGUCGUGGCUCCCAGGACAGCCGGAGGAACCCUCCACCGAUGCGCACAGAGAAUCGUCUCAUUGUGGAGAAUUUGUCGUCAAGAGUCAGCUGGCAGGAUUUAAAGGAUUUCAUGAGACAAGCUGGAGAGGUUACUUUUGCAGAUGCCCAUCGGCCAAAGCUUAAUGAGGGUGUGGUUGAGUUUGCCAGUCAUAGUGAUCUAAAAAAUGCCCUGGAGAAGUUGUCUGGGAAAGAGAUCAAUGGAAGGAAAAUCAAACUUGUUGAGGCAUCCAGGAAAAAAUCCAGAACUCGGUCUCGUUCAAAUAGCUCAUCUCGCUCUCGUUCACGAGGGCGUUCUGCAUCACGUUCUCGUAGCCGCUCCCGUUCCCACAGCCCCAAAUCGCAUAACCACUCAAGAAGUCGGUCCCGUUCAGCCAGUGCUUCUCCUGUGCGGCCCAAAGAAGCAGCACGUGCUGAAUCAGCAUCCCCACCGACCCCAGUGCAGCGCCCCCCACCGUCUCGUUCCCCCUCCGCAGACAGCCGUCAUUAGACGCUGCUGCACUGGGUGCUGAGGGAAGCGUCUGUGAUCAGGCACUGCAAUGGGCUGAUGUUUAUCUCAGCAAUAUUGCCCCACCUUUGGUCAAUUUAGGUCCCGAAAGUGGAGGGACGUCCUCUCUCCAUGCCAGGAAUUUCACAGCACAGGCUCUGUUGCUAACUUAAAGGUAUUUGACAGGAGAAUCAAUUUAAAUCAGGACUAGACAGCUAUUUUUGAUGAUUUUUUUUUUUUUUUAAGUUCAUGUCUGAAAUGGGUUUUGUGGUUGUAUUUUUUUUUUUUUUUUUUCACUACAUAAAGAGUGAGGUUUGCUUUCUGUUGAGAAAUUCUUUAAUUCUAUAAACAUAUUUAUGGACAAGCCAGUAAAUAUGAUUGCUUUCAGUAAGUUUGACCCUUUGUUGUGCUCUGAAAAUUUGUAAUUAGGGUUUUAUGAAUAAUGCAAAUUGUUUGUAACGUAGAUGCUUGAAUUAUAAUGAAAGAAGUCAAAGAAUUAUCUGAGUUCGUUUCACACUGCAUGAAUAAAGAGAUCUUGUUUCACAUUUGUGAAUCUCUGUAUUAUAUACCAGCCUAUUCAUAUGUAUGCAUUUGAUUCCUUGUGUAUACACAUUUUUGUUGCAUUUUUUUUUGUACGACUAAAUUCUGCUUUUUUUGCAAUGCAUAUUCUCUUAUUCCUUAACAAAAUGAGGAUGAGAUUUUAAUAUGCCAUAUUUCUGAUGUAUUAUUUUGUUUUACAGUAUGUGAACAUAUCAUGUUGAAUCAAUGUCAGGUUUUGUCUGGAUAUGUUUUGAUGUUUUUCAUUCAUUGGAAGCUGUACCAUGAUAUAAAUAUUAAUUAAAAAAAUAAUUAAAAACUAUAAUUAAAAAAUUUUGAACAUUUAUAAAGUUUGUGUAGCACUGUCAAAAUAAACAAAUAAAUUCCCUGAAAGCUG